AUGAGUGGCAUGGACGACAACGAAGACGAGACCGAUCUCUUCGACGACGAUGAUUUCGACGAUCUAUCAGAGUCCGCUCUACAACAACUAGAACACCAUGCUAUCCUAUCAACCCAGAGAGCGCAGGCGGCCAAAGCUGUCCCCGUGCCUGCGCACCAGUCAAGGUUCCCACCUCACGCACAGUUCAGUGCUCGGCCACAGGCUGCGCAUCCAGCUAUUCAGAGGUCCUUAACCGAGGACGAGGACAGCUUCGAGCUGGUCGGGGAAGAGGGUGUGCCAACCCCAGUGGAAGAUCAAGAUUCUUAUCCUAUACGUCGAAUUCAGGUGGGCGAAGCCGCCCAGAGAGCACAGUUCCGCCAGCAACGCUAUGGUCAAGCCUAUGGUGCUGUCUCCCGUCCCGCGCUCGAGGAUGCGAAUCGUCGACUUCAGAGAGCUUCAUUAGAGCCAACGCCGGCUGUCGGAGGACUUGAUGUAAUGUCGUUGGACACUCCGCUUCAACAGACCGGCACAGCCCUCUCGGGAGAUGCUGGUGAUGCGUCUCAUACACAUGUCGACGAUCUGCUCCGAGAGCGUGAAGAACUCGCUCGGGAAUUACGUGCUGCCAGAGAUAUGGUCUCCCUUCAAAAGGGUGAGAUUUCCAUCAUUCGAGCGAAUUUUGAGAAAGAGAGUAAAGUCUACGACCGACAAAUCGGCGCUCUGAAAAAAUCAAUGGAAGAAGAGUCGGCAAAGCACACUGCUGCCCUGAACGCCUUGGCUGAGAAGAACCAUACUCUUACCACUCGCUACCAAUUCCUACAGCAAGAACAUACUCAAGGGCUUCAGGAGGCCAAAUCCCUCAGGCAACGCUUGAAGGAUAAACAGACCGAGAAGGGGUCUGAGCCAACAACUCCGCCCAAGCGUGGCGUUGCAAGCUCUCUUAGGGAUGGUUUCAAUGACGACGAUAUGAUGCUUAUGUCUCCUUCGAAAUCUGCUCGACGGUCGAAGCCGCCGACACCCACCGCAGCAGGAAAGAGAAAACGGAAAACUGAUGGGCCAAGUCCUGUGAAGCCGCUUGUCUUGCGCCCUACUAGCUCUACCAGUCAGAAUGAAAUGCUGCCGCCGCCACAGCCGAUCCAGACCAAGGGGCAAGUCGUCUCAGUUGUACGGAAGGACAAGCAAGCUGAACGCAAUCUGAAAUUCCUGCAGUCUAUCCUCGACUAUCGAAUCAAAGACUCGAAACAGCCGCUCUUCGAAGCCUUGAGCAAGUUUGCCUUUCCCUCUAACCCGUCCAAGACAUUCUCGGCGCUUUUAUGGGAAGGCAUUUCUCAGCUCAAGGGAAGACGCCUCCCCAGCGACUUCCUUCAAAUCUUGAUAGAUUUGUGGUCCAAGUCACUGAAAGAACAAUACUAUAAACCGAUCGCUUGCCUGCGGGAGAUAGCAAACCAUAUCAUUGACCUCGAUAUCCUUGUUAUCGACUCGGGCAUCGUUGCCGCCAUCAUCCCGCUCCUCAAAUCCACCAUCACGAUCAACGGCGAGAAACGCUUUGAACAUUCACCAGUGAAUCACGCGACUUAUGGCAAGAUCCGCCAGACUCCUCGGGCCGUUAUACACCCAGAAGUUGACGGGACGAGCUGCUUGGAGCUCAUGCUCACGGUCGCCUAUGCUGUAUGCGACGACCCAGAGCUUAUCACUCUGCUCUGGCGUCUCAUGGACCACCAAUUCAUCUUGAUGAUGCUCAACGCCUGGCAGCCCAUAUCUGAUAUAUCACUCAUGCUUCAGUUACUUGCGACAAGCAUCUUCCCCACCACAUUCGGCAGUAUUUGUGUUGAUGAUCAGCAGUCACAAGUCGAACAUUGGAUGAUGAACCGGAUCUGUUCUCUGCUCAGGGAAACACCCAACGUUGAUGAGGGUGUUGCUUCCUACACGAGCGAACAACUCUGUCAGCUGCGGCUCGAGGCCAUGGACCUCCUGAUCAAAAUUGCCAUCACGUCGUCUCCACAUCCGCACGAUGAUCCCUCUCAUCAUGGCAGCCUUCUCAUCGCUAAUGACACACAUGCCAUUGCGCGCCUCGUCCGCAGCCUGUACGACCAAGUCUCGGCAAUGUACUCUCUUCAUCCAACCACGCACACUUUACAUGCCUGUCUUGUCAAUAAAGGCGUUUCUCUUCUCUAUCACCUUUUGCAGCUCCACGGCUCUACGAUCAACCUGCAAGAGAAGCUCUCUGUGAUCAAUGGCGGAGUGCAUAAACACCGAGUGGUGCUCACCCGACUGGCCUUCUCCGAGGGUUUCGUGGUGGAUAAAUAUGUGAGCGAUGAGACUGUAGCAAUGGCAACACAGAUGCUGGAAGAGAGCGUGACGCCAGAUGAGGCCGAUGAGCUCGUCAAGUGCUUUCCCGGGUUCAACGGAAGAGGAGCUGGCAGAGACGAAGAAGAGUAA